UGAAAUCAUGGAGCAUGAAGAAUCAAUGCACGACAUGUUUGGGCUGCUGAGGAUUCGGAUUAAGAGAGGCGUCGAUUUGGCUGUUCGCGACGUCUGCACCAGCGAUCCUUAUGUGGUCGUCAAGAUGGGCAAACAGAGGAUGAAGACGAGGGUGAUCAGGAAGGACGUGAAUCCAGAAUGGAACGAAGACCUCACGCUCUCUGUCUCUGAUCCUAAUCAGCAUGUUACCCUCACGGUGUACGACCACGACACGUUCAGCAUGGACGACGAGAUGGGGGAUGCCGAGGUGGACAUAAGGCCGUACAUCGACGCGCUGAAGAUGAAGCUCGAGGGGCUCCCCGACGGGACCGUCAUCUCCAGAAUACACCCGGACCGGCACAACUGCCUGGCCGAGGAGAGCCAGGUGGUCUGGAAGGAUGGCCACGUCACCCAGGACAUGUGCCUCAGGCUCAGGCACGUCGAGACCGGCGAGGUCCACAUCCAGCUCCAGUGGAUCGACCUCCCGGGCUCCAAACGUCUAUGCUAA